AUGCCCCGUCCCGGCAAAAACUCCUACAGCGACCAGAAACCGCCGUACUCCUACAUAUCUCUGACGGCGAUGGCGAUCCAGAACUCCGUGGAGAAGAUGCUGCCUCUCAGUGACAUCUAUAAGUUCAUCAUGGACCGUUUUCCUUACUACCGGGAGAACACGCAGCGUUGGCAGAACUCACUGCGACACAACCUGUCGUUCAACGACUGCUUCAUUAAGAUCCCCAGGCGACCCGACCAGCCCGGGAAAGGCAGCUUUUGGGCCCUCCACCCGGACUGCGGGGACAUGUUCGAGAACGGCAGCUUCCUGAGAAGACGGAAGCGCUUCAAGCUGCUGCGUGCUGAACACAUGGCUUGCAAAGGCUCCCCGAUGAUGCACUACUUCCACCAUCACCACCACCACCACCACCCGGGGGCCAAGCUGGCCGCAGCCUCCGCGCACCAUGAGCACCCGGCCGGACCAACGAGCACGGUGAGCCGGUUACCGAACUUCCAGGGUUACGGGGGCAUCGCUUGUUCACAGUCAGGGGGUUUUAAACACCCGUUCGCAAUCGAGAACAUAAUAAACCGGGACUACAAGGGUGUGAUGGCCAGCGGGCUGCCCCUCACCUCGGUCAUGCACCACCUGGGCUACCCGGUCCCCCCGCAGCUAAGCAGUAUGGUCAACUCCAUGUGGCCCCACGUGGGGAUGCUUCCCGAGUCCAUGGGGAGUGUACCCGUGCACACGCCCACUGAUUAUGCGCCCUUCGGCAUGUCGAUGAAGGGCCUUUAUCAGAACGCCAACGGACAGGCUUUGCCGGUUCCCGUGCCGAUCAAACCGACCCCAUCUCUCGGCCCUGGGACGGCACUGACGGGGCUGCAGUCCGGGUCCACACCCCUCUGCUCGGCGGCAUCGAUGCUGGAGAAAAGCGAGAUGCUGGAGGGUAAAGGUGCCCCUCUUCAUCCGGCCCUUCUUCUGUCCUAA